UAGACUGGGGAGAAGAAAGAGAAGGCAAAGAAUACAAUGACGAGGAUGUGAUGACAGGAUUGAAACCUAACGCGACUUUGAAAAAACUGACGAUUGAAUACUUCAUGGGGAAGAAAUUUGCAUCAUGGAUUACAAUGAUCAUGCAGUUCUGUUUUGCCUCUUCAUAAUCCAUCACGCCUAAACGUGCUGAAAAUAUCCAACACAGAACACAUCUCUACUGAAACUUGAACUCUCGACUCCUUUUACUUUUCUUACAACCAAUUAGUGAGAGUUUGUCUAGUCACUAGUCGCCUAUUACAACCACUUCUACAUGACUCUACAUAUACACGAUUUAUCUCGCUAAUUAGGCCAUUCAAGGAAACGCAAUGGAAAGAGAUCCUUCUCUCAUCGAUGAACCAUACCAGUUCCUCAAACUUGUUGUUAAUGCUGACGGUUCACUCACCCGAGGCUUCGAAUUCCCCCGAGUGCCUCCCACGCCUCAACUUGCCUCUGAAUCACCCGACUCAUCGUCGUCAGAAAAACAACUAGUCCUCUCCAAAGACAUUCCUCUUAACACCACCAACCAAACAUUCCUACGUUUGUUCCGCCCUCUGCACCACACUACUAAACUUCCUGUCAUCGUUGAUUUUCAUGGCGGUGGCUUCGUUCUUAUGAGUGCUAUUUCAGCUCCAUUUCAUGAUAUGUUGAACCGUGCAGCUGUUUUUGCCCCUGCUUUAAUCAUAACCGUUGAGUAUCGUCUCGCCCCUGAACACCGCCUUCCUGCUGCUUAUGAUGAUGCCUUGGAGGCCAUCAUGUGGGUUCGUGAUCAAGCCAGAGAAGUUGAUGGAUCUGAUCCAUGGAUGAAAGAGCUAGCUGAUUAUUCAAAUGUUCAUAUCAUGGGUACUAGUGCAGGUGGUAACAUUGCUUACCACGCAGGUUUACGUGUUCUGGAUACGGACAUUAGUCCUAUCCAGGUGAAAGGGCUGAUUCUGAAUCAGCCCUUUUUCGGUGGAGUUCAACGAACUCCAUCUGAAGAGAGGUUAAGCAGAAAUCCUUAUCUACCGGUGACCGUGAGUGAUCUCCUUUGGUUGUUGUCAUUGCCACCUGGAAGUGACCGUGAUCACGAGUAUUCUAACCCAUUGGAUGUUGUUAAUCCGAAGAUUCAGAGGCUACCGAGGUGUUUGAUUAGAGGGUUUGAAGGGGAUGCACUGGUGGACAGAAUUAAAGGGGUGGCCAAGAUGUUGGAAGCACAUGGCGUGAAGGUGGUGUCCAAGUUCGAAGAAGGCGGAUUUCAUGGUGCAGAGAUGGCUGAUCCAGUAAAGAUUCAAGAAUUAUUUCUGCAGAUCAAGGAUUUCGUUUACUCUUCUUGAUUACAACUAUUAUGUUUACUUUUAUGUUUCUACUGAGAAUAAAACCUUUAGUGGUAUCAUUUUACAACUUGUUGAGAUCAAUCCACAAACAUGAAACAUCAAAUAAGUAAAAAGAUUCUUCAUAA